UAACAAAAAUCAAAACGAUUCAUCACUUCCACUAUAUUCUCCGUAAUCCGUAAAAUCAUUUCUUUGGUUUCCUUGAUCACAAAACAAACAGAAACCCUAACUUUCACCCAGCGAAGAAAUUCGAAGUUGAAAAUGUCGAGCUUGCCGGAGGAGAUCAUCUACAAUGAAAUUCUAUUGAGGUUACCAGUGAAAUCAUUACUAAAAUGCAAGUCUGUCUGCAAGAAUUGGGACUUUUACUCCAUUGAUUAUGAUUCAUUAACAUCAUCAGUAUGUGAUUUUGAAGAUGCUGUUAUUGAAAUGGAUUACCCAUUCAAAUCUUCUUUACAUUACGAUGUUCGAUUGGUGGGAUCAUGUAAUGGUUUGGUUUGCAUACGGGUGGUUGAUUCUGAUGGAGAUUUUCUUUGUUUUUGGAACCCAACCACAAGAGAAUACAAAGAAAUACCUGAAUCACCAAUUGUAAUGAAUAGCAUCUGUGCUUUGGGGUAUGAUCACAAGAAUGAUGAUUACAAAUUGGCUAUAGGUGUGCUUCAGAGAACCACGGAUACUACUCUAGUCCAAGUCUACACAUUGGCAUCAAAUUCAUGGAAACCUGGGCAAACUGUACCUUAUGGGUUUCCUAAUUUUAUGCAAAGACAUGGUGUGCUUUUUAAUGGAGACCUUCACUGGUUGGCUGUAGCUCAAGAUAAGUUUUGCUUACUCUCUUUUGAUAUCAGUGAUGAGAGUUUCAAAGAACUACAACUACCACCGAAAGAACUUUUGGAGAAGAAUAAGAAUACAUGUAUGAUUCUGGGAGUGUUGGAAGGGUGCCUUUGCAUACUUGUCAACUCAUAUGCUAAUGGUAUUUGGAUUCAUUGUGAAGUAUGGAAGAUGCUGGAUUAUGGAGUUCAAGAAUCUUGGACUAGACGCUAUAUCAUUACUCGUGAGAGCAUCAUCUCGGACCAUAUUUUAUUUUUAAGUCCUUUAUGGUCUUUAGAGAAUGGUAAGAUUCUAUUCAAGAGCUAUGGUAAGCUAGUUUUGUAUGACCCAGAACAUAGAAGUGCUAGAGAGCUAAAUAAACAUAGUAAUUUCACCAGGCUUGCCGUUAAUUAUUUUGAAAGUUUAGUUUCUCUUCAGUCUCGUACUUAUGUUGGGGGAGAAGCGCGAAUAGAGGAAUAAAGAGAACCCGAAGAAGAUUAAGUCUCAGAAGAAAGAAAAAGUGGGGAAAUUGAAUAUGUUAUAGGUUCUUGAUGUUGCUAUAUUCCUGCAAUUAAGUAAAUUACCAGUGAGUUAUAAAAUUAUUACUGUAAUAUGUUUGUCUUUUAUUUUCAGACCCUUAAUGUAUACCAUGGAUUCCUUAAAAUUAGUAAUAUGUUGUCUCCAAUUUAGAGUAAGAUCAUUCUUAAUAGACUUUCAGGUUAUUCUUUUUGCCGUUC